UUGCAAAUUCACACAGCUGAGAGGCACAGAAGGGCGGAAUUCCAGGCACUGGUUGCAGCCUCUUCAGAGGAAGCUCACAGCUUAGUGGGGAUUGGGGGUUUGGUCACAAGCUUCUGCCCCAGGACAAAGUUAGUUCUGAUCUUCCCCGUAUUUCAGAUGGGGAAACUGAGGCCCGUUGUUAAGUUGCUUCCUGCAGAGGCCAGAGCUGGGAGCAGGCCCUAAAUAUCAGGGUUGCCCUCUAAGACUCAGGGCCAGUUGAGGGUGUUAGAUGGGGAAGGCAGAGGGAGUUGGGGUUCAAGGGCGUUGGGAGCCAGUGGUCACUGUAUUGCUGUGUGGCCUUGGGGAAGUGGCUCAGCCUCUCUGAGCCUUUGUGGUCUCUUCUGCAAAACAAGCAACCUGCCUAGUACACGGUGGGGGUGAUGAAGUGGGCAUGUCGCUGACUCAGGGCCUACCACGUGGCGCUGAGUCAAUAGUACCCCUUUUCUGACCCAGGCCUGCGCAGAGCCAGGGUCUGGUGACCGAGGUCGGAGGGCAGGGGGUGGCCCAUCCAGUAAUUCCCGUGCCUGCCCUGACCUCAGAGGGCGGCCGAGGGUUUGGAACUUCUCCCGGAGUCUGAACUCACACAAAGACCAGCUUUGUGGGGGCUCCUGGGGUAGGUGGGUGCCCAUAUGGCAUUCUGAGACUGGCAGCCUGGCGCUGGGGUGGGAGUGGAGGCUGAGCAGGGCCUGGGGCAGUGAGGGAGACCGGGGGCGGGUCUCAGGCCCUCCCUCCUCCCCCAGUUCUUUCACACUCCCCUCUUCAUUCAGCAGAUGUUUCUGGAGUCUUCAGGGACGCUGUGGAUAAGGAAUCGGGCCCAUGACCUCCCCUGCAGCUUGGGGCCAUGGACACCUUCAGCACCAAGAGUCUGGCUCUGCAGGCGCAGAAGAAGCUCCUGAGUAAGAUGGCAUCUAAGGCAGUGGUGGCCGUGCUGGUGGAUGACACCAGCAGCGAGGUGCUGGACGAGCUGUACCGCGCCACCAGGGAGUUCACGCGCAGCCGCAAGGAGGCCCAGAAGAUGCUCAAGAACCUGGUGAAGGUGGCCCUGAAGCUGGGGCUGCUGUUGCGCGGGAACCAGCUGGGCGGGGAGGAGCUGGCGCUGCUGCGGCGCUUCCGCCACCGGGCGCGCUGCCUGGCCAUGACGGCCGUCAGCUUCCAGCAGGUGGACUUCACCUUCGACCGGCGUGUGCUGGCCGCAGGGCUGCUCGAGUGCCGCGACCUGCUGCACCAGGCCGUGGGCCCCCACCUGACCGCCAAGUCCCACGGCCGCAUCAACCACGUGUUCGGCCACCUGGCCGACUGCGACUUCCUGGCCGCGCUCUACGGCCCCGCCGAGCCCUACCGCUCCCACCUGCGCAGGAUCUGCGAGGGCCUGGGCCGGAUGCUGGACGAGGGCAGCCUCUGAGCCCCGGGGCCGCCCGACCGCGCCCCUCGCGCCUUCUGGGGCUCUUCUGCUGGGCGCGGUGGGCUUUGUGGGUUUUUUCCACCUCUUUUCUCCCAAUCGGACUCCGGUCGAACUCCCCCAGACAGGUGGGUGACCUGGCCCCUUUGAGAGGACGCUGAGCCAUCUGUAGCAGCUGUUUCAGACACCGACGUCACUUCUCCUGGCCUCCGCCCAAUGGGGAGAGGAAUUUGGGGCCCUACUCUGGAGACCACCUUCCACCCCUAUUUGUACUUUCUGGGCCACGCCGACCCCUGGGUCGCUUGAUGUAAAAGUCAAAAGUUGCUGCUUCCCACUUGGUGACGUCGCCUGGGAUUUUCAUCCCCGCACACAAGGACUAGUUAGGGGGCAAAUCGCGGCACCCCACCCCCACCCCCCGCCCCAUCCAUAAAUUCACGUCCUAACCCCCAGGACCGGAAGAUGAUCUGAUUUGGAAAUAGGAUCAUUACAAAUGGGAUUAGUUCA